AUGGCUGAUGAAUGGCAGAUGCUGGUUAACAGCAUGCUGCAGGCUUUGGGCAUCCGCUUUUACUGUGUGGGCGCUUCGGAGUCAUGCUCUGCCUACAGAGACGUCAUUGUAGCAAACAGUGGCAAGAAAGUCACGGGCGGCAAGGGUCACAUCGAGCACUUGUACGACAGUUUGGAAAGCAUGCUGCUCGAGAAGACGUGUGUCUUGCACCAGGCCCAGGUGCAGGGGUCAGGACAGUGCGCCUGUUCCCUAAGACGUGGGGAGGUUAACCUCGGGGUGACGGGCUCGCCUUGCAACCCCUUCUCACUUCGCCGCACCAAGAGGUUUGCCGACGGCAGUGUUGCCGCGCAUUCAAUGAGCGAUACAACCUUUGAAUCCGUUGUAGGCUUCUACCAGCGAUAUGAGCCACGUGUUGGUGUGUCGGAGCAAGUUUUGGGUUUCGACAUGAAGACCUCCUCUUCCGACCCCACGACGCCAUACCAGAGGCAGGGUCGACUGUUUCAUGUUCUGAUCAACUUCGGUUCGGAAUGUGACAUCCAGAAUGUAGAAGAAUCUAGCAGCUACGCAACAGCGCACGUUGCUUGGUGCAGGUUCAUGGAGAGAAUCGGCGACUGUCGGUGGUGUCAUGGCGGCUACUGGGUUACUGAGGAUGAUGCAUGGCAGCUCAUGCUACAAGGCAUGCUCCCGGAGUCAGAGGAUGACCUACCAGAUCCCGCAGCUCAGGUCCCGAUGGAUGCCGGAGCUGGCAUAGUUGUGCGUGACGGCAUGUAUGGAGCUCCAGACAUGCUGCGCAGCUUGGGGACCCAAUUUCAUCGCCGGGUGUCUGAGAGAUUUCUGGCGACGGCCAACACAUGGACACGUGGCCAAGCUCGGGCACCGUUGUCAGUUUCGGCUGUUUUAGACGAAGUGGUACGUAAUCCGCGGAUGGCUUCGAGGGCAUCCAUGGCAGCCACCGUGCGGGUGCCGGAGGCGACAUUGAAGGAGGCAAUCCUUCAAAUGGCAUGCAGCCUGCUGUAUGCUUCUGCAUUGCUCGUCGGAGCAUUCAUUUGUAGCUGGAUGUCAUUGUUCCGUGUCAGACCUCAGCGCUUUGCGCCCAUAGCCGUGAUAUCUCGCUUCACCUACGAUGAGACCCCGUUGAAAUUGCGUCUGCAAGAGCAUCGUGCGGCUUUUCAGGUGGAGGCCGGCGCAGACACAAACUUCAGGGGUCUUGUCAAGACUGGUGAAGAGACCUAUGUGCAUUCAAAGAUCUUGAAUGUGGAUUGGCGAAUGGGUUUAUUGGUUCGGGACUGCUGCAAAGAUUCAUACUGCCUCAUCUCUGUGGACAUGCCUGCGCCGUUGAGUUCCCUGGAUGCGAACACAGGUGAGAACGAGUUCAAGGCUCUUUCUUUGAUCGAGGAACGAAUUCCGGAGCUGCGGGCUUUGAAAGACGCUUGCCCGCUGUCCAUUCGCAUGGCUGUGAUGGACAGCUUCGGAGCUAACUUUCGCGUGGAGCGGGCGCAUGCCUCCCUGCAUCCGAAGCAGAAGAAUCUCAUCCUAGCCUGCUCUGUGCACAAGACAGCCACAUGCAACAAAAAGUCCAUGGAGAUUGCUCCAGGUCUGGUCAGUGGGGUAGUCCAGGUGGGACUUGCUCUGCGGGAUACUGGCAGUGUCGGUCGCAUGCAGGGCCUGCUGCAAGAGAUUUUCUGGAAUGAUCUGGAGAUUGUUUGCGAGCCGGAGCCUGCUGGCGAGGCUUCCCAAAUGAGAGAGCAGCUCCUUGAUUUGUAUUGCCCCCUACGGAUUGGUGGGCAACUGUCUGUGCAGAACGCGCGACGCCAGUAUAUCCUACGCUCUAUGGCUAACAGUGACUGGAGCAGCGCCUCUAUCCGGCACCACUGCACCUUCUCCUGCUGCUCCAGCCCGGAGGACACCAGGAGGGUCUUCAUGACCCUCGUGACGUGGGCCUUAAUCCCCCACAACUGUCCCAUCCUGCAACGCAAGAAUUGGACAGGAGGAGAAAGGGCGUACACUUGGCUGGGGUUGCUCUCGAACUGCUGGGGUUUGGCUGCCAGGAUUUUCUCCAAGAUCCGUGGAGGUCCCACGGGUGAGCCGUCAGCCAGCACUGAGUGCGAUCAGGAGGAGCAAGAGCCGUGGGCUGACUUUUUCGCAGACAUGCUGCGCGACCGAGCGACUGCAGAGGCGCAGGCUUUGGACAAAGCAAUGGAAGAACCUGCGGAGCCAAACCAAUCCGCAGAAACCUUUGCCGAGGAAAACCACAGGAAUCGGCAGACGGCCUGCCAGUUCGUGGCUGCUCUGAGUCUUGAACCUGAGAUCCUUACUGUGGCACGACAGGCCAUGAAUCCGGGGCUACGUUUGUUGCAGGGUCAGCUGGAGAUGGCCGGUGAAGAGUGGGAAGCUCGACAGCAGACUCACGCUGCGACGCAGGGGCACCGGCUCUACAGGGUGCUUCAAGCAGCACGUGGGACACUGGUGAACACCGCCUUGCAGGAAGCUUUGCAAAUGCUCUGGAACUUGCCUUUGGGGAUUCCAUCCAAAGCCUACAGACGUCGUCUCCGGACACUGUUGUUCAGCUUUCUUGGAACGUUUGUGGCCAAAGUGCAUUUCUACUUGCGGCGAGCGCACAAUGGCUUCCCAUAUCAAUUGUUUUGCGUGCUGCUUUCAUCCGAGGAAUGUGCUCGGGUCUACAGAAUUCCCAAGUGUUUCCGGGAUGACCUGGCAGCAGCUUUUUUCGAGCGCUAUCCAGAGCCUGCUGACGGGAUGACUGAUGAGGCGCAAGCUCUACUGGAAGGAGUUGCUUUGAUGAGCUGCGUUGAUGUCAGCACCCUGGAAUCAUCACACAGCACAAUUCGUGAAUGGACCCAGAUGCGAGGGCGUGGACACACACCCUCAUUUGUGGAUGUGUCUGCUCAGAGCUUUUGCAGAUGGGUGGGCACGCGGUACGAUGGAAUGACUGGCCAGAAAUUCGCGGAGCAGAGACGUGCCGCCAAAGAAGCAGACAAGGCAGAGAAGGAAAGCAAGAAGAGCCGCCGUGGGUCCAGCAGUGGUGGCGGUUACAAAUCUUUCGUUUCUAGUCGUUGUCAAGGACAGAAGCUUUCGCGCGAGCUUUGCGCCAGACUGUCGCAAGAGUAUCGGAAUCUCAGCGAGGACGAGUUUCAGCAUUUCCAGGAAGUGGGACGUGCCGCCACGUUGGCUUCCCGCAUGGGUGCUUGGCCUGCUAGGCUUAUACUUGGUUGUGUCACGAAGCCUUACAAGCUGCAGGGCACGCUGCAGGUAGCGGAUCCUGCCUCUGAAAUGGCCUUGGUGGCACACACUGGCAUGGAUUGGGGGCAGGUAGAGAGAUUUGUGCCAGGCCAGUCGUUUCAAGAGCGAGAAAGGUUUUUCAGCCGGCAAGUGCGGUCCGAGACUGCACAAGCUCGCAAGCAGCGUGUUGCGGAUGCAGCCGUGCAAGAGAGACCACAACAGGACAUCCAGCAGAUGAAUCCUACUGUGGCUGCGGCUUUGCGCGUGCAUGGCGGAUCUGGUCUUCUCGCCAAAUGCACGCAGGUGGCCGACGUGCGAUCACCGCGGCGUUCUGUGCAGCAUGUGUUCUGGCGUCCGCCAGCAACGCAAAUGGCAGAGGUGACAAUGAGUUCCUCCUAUGCAGAGGGCCGCCAGGUUCGCAAGCAUGAGCUUGUGCAGGAGUGGCAGCGCCUGCACGCGACUAUCCGCAACAAAGACCAGCCGCGGUUGCAGACCAGUGCAGAGGCUUACAAGGGACUGAAAGAGUGUGGUCUCCGUGGGGUUUGUGUCUGCAGCGAAGAGGCCCGGCCGCUCAGACUCUUCUGCAAGAAGCUAGCCAGCCACCUGAGACAAGUCUUCAAGCAGGGUAAGAAUGCGCCGACGAAUCCGCUGCGAACUGUUUUGUCAGAAGGCAGAGCCGUUCUCCGCUUCAGACGUGCAGGCGCCCUCGAUGCUUUCUUCUUCCUUGGGCAUGUCAAUUUCAGAACCUGGGAGUUUGCCGGCGUGCGACUUCAUUUUGAUGGCAUGCCUCAGGGCCAGACUUUGCGACUGAAGGUGGGGAUCCCUGGCCACGCGGAGGAGGAUGAUUCAAGCACUUGGCUCAGCGAGAUACAAACUCGUGAAGAGUUCGUCAAGUCUUGCCUGGACUUGCAGCAGCCAUGUCACGUGGGCGUGUGCGGUAUCCUACGAGACUCGAAGGAGCUGCUGAUGGAUGACAUGCCUGCCCGCAUUGUUGAGGUUGAAGUCCUUCGAGCAGACAUCCUGCAAUGGCGAGCCCUAGACCCGUACCGUCGGCGACAGGACCUGGGUGCUCGCCGCGAAGAAAGACCCAGGCGUCGGCCUGAACCCGGCGCCGUGCUCUUGGAUGACGAGGAGGCCGAGGCUUCAGACCACCGCAGCGGGAGCGAAGACGAAGUGAAUGCCGAUGCCGGCGGCGUGGGUUCCGUGGAUUUUGGGUCAGGCGAGUCUGACGAGGAGGACGAAGGGGAGGCAGCUGAGCAGGAUCGUUUGGAUUCAUUGUUGGACGCGCUCCUGGAAGCUGCCGCGUCGGCCGAGGCAGACCAGGAGAUUGGCGAUCCAGCGGGCCCCGAGGACGCAGUCCCGCAUGUGGCCCCAGAGAUGGCUGCGGAGAUGCGCUCAAUGAGGCGGCUGUUGAGGCUGCGGAAGCGGACGCCCGGUUUGCUGCGGCUGGCGAUGGUGAUGGCGAGGCCGUUCCGGCAGCACGCCCAGCGCCUGCAGCAGGUGAAGGGCGGGCAGAGCGGGCAGCAGAGGCAGCGGCAGACACUGCAAGGCAAGCGUGGGGGCGCUGCGUCUGGCAAGCCCAUUGGGCAUCUUCUGGCAUGGCUAGCAGAGGCUGGCGAUCAUGCCAACCACAUUUCUCAUGUGGAGGCUUUGCCGGCCUCGCAAGCAGACAGACAGUCUCAGCGAGAUUGGUUCUUGGCCUUGGACGGAGGUAGAAAGUUCGCCGAGCAUGAGCUUCCGCCAGAGGACGGUGCCGAGAUCAACGAAGUAGA